AUGCUUCAUCGUCUUAGAGAUUUCGCCCUGCUAGUGGCGGUCCUAGGCUUCACACUCCCUUGCAGCGCCGAGGACAACCUCCACGAGCAGCCAGUUGCACAUCUUAUAGCCUCUGCAAAGGCGGCGCGCGUCCGAGGAGCGACUAACGAGGCUCUCCAGUACUUCGAUGCCGCGAUAAAGAAAGACUCGUCUGACUACCUGACUCUCUUUCAACGGGGCGCAACAUAUUUGUCUGCAGGCAGGCAUACACAAGCCAAGUCCGACUUCGACUCCGUACUCCGACUGAAGCCAGGAUUCGAAGCAGCGCUUCUACAAAGAGCGAAGAUUGAGGCGAGGAACGCAGAAUGGGAGGCCGCGAAGAAGGAUUAUAAGGAUGCCGGCGCAAAGGGAGCAGAGGAGCUCAAACAGCUCGAGGAGGCUGAGGGUGCGUCAUAUAUCGCGUUCGAAGCCGAGAAAGUGAAGGACUGGGAUUCCUGCGUCAACAAUGCCGGCGUGGCUAUCAUGACUGCGGCUGGUUCGUUGGCAUUGCGACAAUUACGAUCACGAUGCAGACUGGAGAAGGGAGAGAUCGAGAUGGGCAUCAGCGACCUACAACACGUGCUGCAGAUCCAGCCGUCGCUAUUGGAGCCGUACGUCCAUAUGUCGAGCAUGCAGUUGUACAGCCUCGGACAAGUAGAUCCUGCUCUGGCCAACGUGAAGAAGUGCUUGCAAUCAGAUCCGGACUACAAGCCUUGCAAGGCGCUGUUCAAAGAUGAGAAGGCUCUCUCAAGGGCUUUGAAACGCGUGGACGACCUGCUGGCGUCCAAAAAGUACAAUCAGGCCAGCAAAGAAUUGACAGGCAGCACGCCGGACACUGAGCCAGGAUUACUUGCCGAUAUCAAGACUGGCUUCGCCGCUCAACGAGAACAGGGGUACAUUCAUCCUGCGGCUUCACAGGGUCUGUACACAAUUUACCUCGAGAAGACUUGUGAGACUUUCAUGGGCAUGAACAACCAUCGAAAAGCAGCGCCAUAUUGCAAAGAAAUACUGCAACUCGACCCUCACUCACUCCGAGGCCUUCUGCAUCAAGCGCAAGCCCAUCUCGAUGCGGAGAACUACGAGGCAGCCAUCAAUGCUCUCAACACUGCCAAAGAGCACCAUCCAUCAGAAGCCAAUUCGAUCGCCCAGAAGUUGCAGGAAGCUCAACUGGCCCUCAAAAAGUCGAAAAACAAAGACUAUUACAAGAUCCUUGGCGUCGAUCGCAACGCCGACGAACGCCAGAUCAAGAAAGCGUAUCGAUCUGCGACGAAGAUUUACCAUCCAGACAAGGCACAUGCGCAGGGAAUCUCGAAAGAAGAUGCGGAGAAGAAAAUGGCUGCCAUCAACGAGGCAUAUGAGGUGCUAAGUGAUCCAGAGCUGAAGCAGAGAUUCGACAGCGGUGAUGACCCGAAUGAUCCAAUGGCGAGACAGGGAGGAAAUCCGUUUGAAGGUGGAAUGCCGUUUGGUUUCCCUAUGGGCGGCGGCCAACAAUUCGUGUUCCAGCAAGGAGGCGGUGGUGGAGGCGGCAAGAAGUUCAAGUUUUCGACUGGAGGCGGCGGUGGCGGCGGAGGAGGCGGCAUGCCUUUCAACUUUCCUGGUUUUGGAUGA